CAGCGAAGUACCUGUUUCACGUAGCGAGUUCACGAUCAAAGCUGCUUCAAGUUUGUUGAGUUUCGUCUAACUGAAAUUCAGUUGGAAGGAAAAUCUUUUGAACGGUAGAUUAGCUGUCGGUAUUCGCGUUUGCUUUACACCGGCAUCAGCAAAAAUUCGCGUUAAAUGUGUCAAUAAACACGAGAAUAUUGUUUCUAUUGCUAACGUAGUUAUUUCCAUUUUGCGUGUGAAAAAUGUUUCUUGUUGCGCCGGUCGACAACAAUCGCUGGGCCUACACCAUGCACGGAUUGGAGAAGUCUAUGGAUAAUGUAUCUGCCGGAGGUCUAAUGGCGGGUUCCGUGGCUACUCUGGCGAUCCUCUGGGUAUCCCUGCAGACCAUGGGAUUUCUUGGGAGUUCGCACUCGAUUGGUGCCUACAAAUUACCGGCGACUUUGCAAAACUACCUCGCUAGUUAUACAGGUGUCCUUUCAGGUUUGCCGAUGUCGAACUACCCUUACGGGGGCAUCGUAGACACGGGUCAUUUCCGUAAUCGACAUUUCCCUCACAUUGACGAGGCAGUCUUGAACAACUCGAUCAGUUUCGCGCUAGACCUGGUCGAUCGUAUGAGCACCCUCGAAAGGAAUAUCGCGAAUGCUGGCGUCGAAUUGAAGGCUCACACGCCGGCUGGAAAGCAAUUCCUUGAUUCAUAUCCUUCCGAGGAUGCUUUCGAGAGAGGUCUUGACGCCAUCGUGGCGACGAAAGCUUCGUCCUAUCUCCUUCAUCAGAGCUGCCGCAGAUUUGGCCUGGAAAAAGGCGAUUGCGCUCGUUACAUAUCAACCUUGUCGCUGCAGGGGACUCCCCUUAGCUCAGCCUGCUCGAAUUCGCGGCAAACGAUCUGCAAUUCCAGGGCCAAGUACCGAAGCAUCGACGGCAGUUGCAAUAAUGUCGCAAAUCCGAGCUGGGGUAGUGCGAUGACCGCGUACACCAGAAUCCUCUUCCCUCAGUACUUCGACGGAAUUCAAGAACCGAGACACAUGGGGCACUCGAUGAAACCACUACCAGGUGCCAGGAGUGUGAGCGUGGCUCUAUCAGCUCCCAAUGGUCAGUCGGAUGUCAGCAGAACGUUGACAGUAAUGCAAUGGGGACAGUUCAUUGCACACGACAUUUCUCACACUCCAGUUCGCAAGAUGAUAUCGUCAGGAAAACCAAUCUUAUGCUGUCAUUCAGACGGAAGUACCUUGUCCCCUCGACACAUACAUCCUGAUUGUUCUGCAAUUACGGUAUCUGAUCAGGAUCCCAUUUACGGCCAGCAUUACGUACGAUGCAUGAACUACGUGAGAUCGUUGCCGGUUGUCAAAUCAGAAUGCACGUUUGGCCCCGUGGAACAGAUGAAUCAGGCGAGCCACUUUUUGGAUGCUUCAACGAUCUAUGGUUCUACUUUGAAGAGAUCUCGCGAACUGCGUGAGUUCGUAGGAGGUCGUUUGCUAGUUCAUGAGAAAAACAAUCAUGAGUUUAUACCAGUUGGAGGUACUGAAAUCUCGUCUGAGUGCAUAAAAGGCUGUUAUAAUUCUGGUGAUUAUCGAGUAAACAUGCAACCGCAAUUAGCUGUGAUACACACUGUCUGGCACCGCGAACACAACAAGAUCGCUAAUAAGCUUGCCGAGUUGAAUCCUCACUGGUCGGACCAGACACUGUAUCAGGAAGCCAGACGUAUAGUAGUUGCUGAAAUUCAGCAUAUAACGUACAAAGAGUGGCUGCCCAUUUUAUUGGGUGGCAGAUACACUCGAGCUGUUGGGCUCACAGUUGGAAAUAGUUACAGUCGUAUCUAUAAUUCCGAGGAUGAUCCAGCAAUCAGCAAUGAAGUCGCAACAGCAGCUUUACGUUUCUUGGUUUCCUUGAUGCAAGGAAAGCUAAGCUUGACAGACAACACACGCCAAAUCAACGAAACUCUUUCGUUAGUCGGGUAUUACUUCAAACCGAGUAUAAUUGAGUCGGACGAUGUGUUCGAUGGUUUAUUACGUGGUAUGGCUACUCAGACCUGUCAGAAAAUGGAUAUCAGUAUAAUUGCAGAUGUAACAAGCAAAUUGUUUGCAGCGAAUAAAAACAGUCUAGGUUUAGAUACUAUCAGUUUAGACAUUCAGCGUGGCCGUGAUCACGGUUUACCCGGUUACAAUCAUUAUCGUAAAUAUUGCGAAAUUGCAGCAGCGAAAAACUUCGAUGAUUUCUUAGAUCACAUUCCAAUGGAGAUGAUACAGAAAUUGCGUGCAGUUUACACUCAUCCUGAUGACGUUGACCUUAUUAUUGGUGGUAUGGCUGAGAGGCCAGUGGAUGAUGGAUUAUUGGGACCUACUUUCCGCUGUUUAAUCUUCGAACAAUUUUCGAGAACUCGUCGCACUGACAGAUAUUUCUAUGAUUCUGCAUACCAGCCCUAUCCUUUCACACCCGAACAAUUGGCAGAAAUACGUAGAGUAACAUUAGCAAGAAUAUUCUGCAACAAUGGCAACAAUGUUACAUACAUGCAGCCAAACGUAUUCCUCAGACCACAAGCUGGAAACGAACUGAGGUCCUGUACAGAUUUUGAAGCGAUUCCGAGCGUGGACUUAUUUGCCUGGGCAGAGAGGGCCAAGGCAUAUCGUUGAACUUUCUUCUUAAUUGGCUGGUCACAUUGUCGCAUCGUAUUGCCCGGGUCGGAGGACGGGCAUGAUAUAGAAGCCACAGGACGAUGAUAAAAAUACCAUAGUCGCGAGAACAUCGGCGACUGACUCGAAAACAGAACCAAAUCAUAACGCGGAAUUAUCAGCGCGAUUAAGUCAAGAAAAAGAGGGAAAAUUCCUGUUGAAGAGCUGCAAAUAUUAACGCUACCGAAUGACAAACGGGCACGACAAAGGGGAAUUAAACAAUUUAACAGCAUGCACACUAUGCGAAAACUAAUUCAAUAAAUAAUAAUGUAAUAAGGCCAAGGUGCAUCCAAAACACGUGACUAGUCGAUUAAACGAGCAUGCUGCAGGGCUGCGCUACGACAAAUGAAAUCGAUCGGGAGGAAAGACCAGCAGAAGAUGAAGUGAUAUUCAGAUAGGGCAAAGGACCUCUGAGAGACACUUAAAAUCUACGAAAAGUCUUUUUAGAGUAGUCUAGGAAUAGCGUGAUGCGGACUGGUCCAUCUUUAUGCGAGUAAAUGUGCACGAGAGAGGCUGGAAGUCGUAGAUACGUUAAUCCUUUUAAUCCUACGCUUAAAGUACGUUUGUUUCUUAAUGAUCGGCAUUCACAGAAACAUGUUGUUCAACAAAAUC